CUCCAGGUGGUGUUUGAGGAUGUCGCUCUGUAUUUCACCCAGGAGGAGUGGGAGCUCCUAUCCCAGCCGGAGAAGCAGCUGUACCGGGACCAGAUGCUGAGGAAUUACCAGGUCCUUGUUUCCUUGGGCUAUUCAGGUUCCACACCGGACUUAAUCCACAGGGUCGAGGUAGGGGAGGCAGAGCUCUGGAUCCAGGAUGCCAAAGACUCCAGGGAAACCUCAGGGCCUGAGAGUCCCUCCUCAGGGCUCGGGAUCCUGGGGGGAACGCGGACACAGAGUGAAUGUGGGGAAAGUGCCGCGGGGAAGCAGGAUUCCACGUCCCACAUAGGGAUUCAUGCACAGGACGCAGUCCAUCCCCAGGCUAAACUCAGCCAGAGACUAGACCUUGCUACACCCCAGAGACGCCCCAUGGGCCAGCGUCCCCACCGCUGCAUUGACUGCGGAAAGAGCUUCAGCAGUCCCUCCGCCCUGACCCAGCACCAGUACACGCAUGCUGGGGCGUGGUUGCACCGCUGCUCUGACUGUGGCAAGGCCUUUGCACGGAGCGCACACCUGAGAAGACACCAGCGCGUGCACACCGGGGAGCGGCCACAUCGCUGUCCUGAGUGUGGCAAGGGCUUUGCAGAGAGCUCAGGCCUGAGAAUACACCUGCGCAUGCACACCGGGGAGCGGCCGUACCACUGUGCCCACUGUGGUAAGGGAUUCUGCAGUUCAUCCACACUGACCCAGCACCAGCGCACACACACCGGGGAGCGGCCGCAUUGCUGUGCUGACUGCGGUAAGAGCUUUGCAUGGCGCUCACACCUGAAAAGACACGAGCGCAUGCACGCUGGGGAACGGCCGCAUCACUGUGCUGACUGUGGCAAGGGCUUUGCAGAGAGCUCGACUCUGAGAAUACAUCAGCGCACACACACUGGGGAGCGGCCAUACCACUGUGCCGACUGCAAUAAGGGCUUUGCAGAGAGCUCAAGCCUGAGGAAACACCAGUGCACGCACACUGGAGAGUGGCCACAUCGUUGUGCCCGCUGUGGCAAGGGAUUCCGCUGUGCCUCCACACUGACACUGCACCAGCGCGCGCACACUGGGGAGCAGCCACACCGUUGUACCCACUGUGGUAAGGGAUUCCGCUGUGCCUCCACACUGACACGGCACCAGCGCGCGCACACUGGGGAGCGGCCGUACUGCUGUGCUGACUGCGGGAAAGGCUUUGCAGGGCGCUCACGGCUGAGAAUACACCAGCGCACACACACUGGGGAGCGGCCAUAUCACUGUGCUUACUGCGGCAAGGGCUUUGUAGAGAGGUCAAACCUGAGAUCACACCAACGUACGCACACUGGGGAGCGACCGUAUCACUGUACUGACUGCGGCAAGGGCUUUGCACAGAGCUCAACCCUGAGAAAACACCAGCGCACGCACCGGAGAGCAGCCGCACCACUGUGAUGAUUCUGGUCAGUCAGUCACUCAUCUCACUGGGAUGCAGCCAGGAUAACCCCCCUUCCACUCCUCAUCUCGAUGGGACCCAGCCAAGAACUUCCCAGCACACCUCGCUCCGUUCCAGCCAGCAGGUGACUCUUGGGUGACAUCUAGAGGUGGGAUUUGCAGUCCUCUGAGCAUGGAUCGGGUUGAGGGGUGGAGCAGGACAGCCCAGUGUGUGUGAUUGAAAGAAGACUGAGGAACUGCUCAUGCCAUCUACUUUAAAUAGAAAUGUGAUGAAGAAGAACUAAGUACCUAAUGUGGAACAAAGAUCUAUCUAACCAGGUGUUUCUUUGCUAUUGAAAAAGCUGAUGCAUUCACACAGCAGGUGGAAAAGCCAAUGUGAAGUGCAACCAAUGAAAGUGUUCUAAGGCCUAGCUGACCAUGAGGUCUGAUGAACUGUAUGACAGGCAGGCGCAUAGGGAGUUUCCCAUUAUUCUUGGGGGAAAUUCUGAACCUAAAAAUUCUGUGGACAAUAUUUUAAAAUUCUGCACAUUUUAUUUGUCAGAAUAACACAAUAUAAUCACGCUAGUUUGUUAUUUUGG